CCACCGUUGUCAUCCGCAUCCCGCUUGAUCUGAUCUCUUAUUUAUGACCAUCGGCACAGCCAGCUUCAAAUCAAGAUUCUUCCAUCACAGCCCAGAAACCAGUCACCACUUAAUCAGAACCUUAAUUGAUUUGUUACUUACUCAAACUCCCAAAGAGACACAAGAUUACCCCUAAUAGCCUAUUGACACGGCAUUCCACCUUACACCGCCAUUUCCAUUCACCAUGGCGUUGACAUUCAACCCUGGCAACAUCGUUGCUCGCAACAUUGAUCCCACCCAAGUACAACCCGAGAUCCUUCACAUUGUGACAGAGAUCUUAGACCUUCGCCUCAACACAUUUGAGUCCACCAUUGCCGUCUCCGCAAGAGACUACUUUGCUUUUGGCGAGGAGGGUCGGCUUUUCAUGGCAUUGCAGAUGGGCCGCAUGUUGGGCCAACCAGUCAUGUGGGUCAAGGACGGCAUGCAUUCCACCGUCGACAGAUGGGUCCUUGGGCCUUGUGAGAGGUUCAUCGCCGGACCACACAUGAUUGUAUCCGUCAACGGUAUUGCUGUCGUCGUCCCUCGACCACCACCGCAACUCCUCGAAGAAGCACCCGGUGCGACCACCCAGUUUGUCAACGCUCCUGAACGACGAGUCAAGAUCACACGACCUCCCAAUGCCUUCAUCCUCUACCGCAGCGACUACCAAGCCCAAAUCAAGCAGAUGAAUCCUCAACUUCAGAACAAUGAUAUUUCCGGAAUCCUAGGCAAAGCGUGGAACAACGAGUCUCACGAAGUCCGCGAAAGAUACAAGGCUCUCGCGAAAGCCUACAAAGAGCGCCACAACAAGAUGCACCCUGACUAUCGGUACACUCCACGCAAGCCUUCCGAGAAGCGUCGUCGU